AUGGAUGUUUACGGGCCGCCCAAUGUCUCGCUGGACUACAGACUCCGAUUCAGUCCCGUGGCUGCAGAUAUCAUACAUCAGCUCCUAGAUAUUAUCUACGAUACCUUGCUGUCUUUGAAGCCAAUCGAUGACCGACUACCACAAAUCUCGAGCAGGAAGAGACAACGCAUUUCAGUACAUAACGACUCUAGAUUCACGAGGAAAUCCGAUAACAAUACAAACGAUUUAGAGAGCGAUAUCAAUCUAGCAGAAGAGAACACUCUGAAGAUUACCGAGACAAUCGGCGGAACAUUGAUACGGCUCUUCCGUCUAUUCAAUGCCGUCCGAAAAUCCGCUAAAACCAACCGGGCUCGCAAGAUCGAAAGGUACAGAGACGACGAAGAGGCAAACAAGGCAAUAGAUAAGUUGCGACUCUAUACCAAAUGCUAUAUUGAAUUCCGAUUUCCGGAGGCGCCGGAGGCGCUCCGCUCAGCAUUAGUCGAAACCAACGCGCUACGACUUCGACGGCUAAAUCAUGUUAUUGGAGACCUGGAGCCUUUUAUUUGUGUUUUUUCACACUGCCUGGAAGGAGAUUACCACGGGCACGGGGCCGGCCCGCUCACAUUCGAAACAUCGAAAACCUGGGCUAGCCACUUGCAGACUGCUCACGGGCAUACAUGGAAGUGCAGGGCCCCUUCUCAUGAUCCAAUUGUCUUUGACCAAGAGAUCCAUUACCAGGAGCAUUCCAUCAAGGAGCACGGCGUGCCUGAAGCGCACGUUAGGACCCUCAGCAAUGCCGCACGGAGGCCAGUCCUCGAUAAGGCCGAAUCCAGCACUGUCUUCUCGAGUGAGGCUCUCCAGUCACACGUCGCCGGUUACAUAAAGGAAAUUGCUCUGCUUAUACUGCAAAAACUUCCCAGCGACGAUAACGAGAACGCGGAAAACGUCGAUAGCGACCAACCGUUCGAAAAUGAUGGGCCGGGCAGGGCUUUUGGAAUUACACGUACAUCUAUGAACAGCGUACUGGAUGACGAGAACCUGGAUUUCCAAGACGAUGACGCUGAAGCUUCAGAUGGCAAUUUGGGAUACCGCGAAAAGGACAUCACUGCACGGGUGACAGAACUCGCCCUAGAGGACAAAGACGACUUGGGGAUGACAAAGCUUUACCACGCGAUGCAGGCCGGCGAUCUGGGCUUAGUUGAGUCUUUGCUUCAGAGCGGCGCAAGUGCAAAUUUUAGGGACGAAAAUGGCCAAACGCCCCUGCAUUACGCUGCGGAGAAGGGCUUCAUCGACUGCAUAAAAGUCUUGCUUAAACACGGCGCGGAUUUACGUAUCAUUGAUAACUCUGGAUUUUCCCCGUUUCUCUGGGCUGUGGUGGCCGGGCAAGAAGGCGCCACUGCGGGACUGGUAUUUAUGGACGCUGAUGUCAAUUCAUUUAGCGCGGAUGGAAAGUCUGCGUUUGCUUGGCAGACUCUACCUUUGGAAGAAGCGACAGCUUCUGGCAACCUUAUCACUGUUCGAUUGCUCCUCGAAUGUGGUGAGGAUCCGAACCAUCGUGAUCGCGAUAGUUGGUCUGCGAUACAUUGGGCGGCAGAGGAAGGCCAUCUGGAGAUUGUGCGUUCGUUGCUGAACGCUGGUGCCAACCCCAAUGCUGUUAGCUUUUACGGUACGUUACCGUUGCACUGUACUGCAAAUGGAGGGCAUAUUUCCAUUGUGAGCUUGCUCCUCCUACAGCGAGCCGACCCACUCAAGUCAAUAUGCUACGGCUGGACUGCACUACAUUACGCUGCCUUCAUGGGGCACUCCCAGGUCAUCCAAUGCCUCUUAGAAGACGACCGUAUACGAUCCACUGCCUCUCAGCAGGAUAAUCACGGCUGGUCCGUUCUUCAUUUGGCCAUUUACAGUCAAGAUCUAGCUACCGUCUAUAUCCUGCUCGACAAAUCCGUCAUUGCGGAGCCUCAGACCCUAUUCGACAAAAACGGUUUCACUGCAGAAGAUUGGCUGGAUCGCGGGCCGACAAGCCAUUCCCAGAAAGCCACCGGCAACUUAGCGUUCAGCAAGUCGCGCUGUUGCCGGGCCGUUACAAGCCUUCGCCAAGCUGUUACCAUGGGUAACGUUCCUAUGAUCAAACUUCUGUUCAAAUUAGGUCAUGAUAUCAAUGGCAUGAACUCUGGAAGGAGAACUGCGCUCUACUACGCCGCAAAGAAGGGCAUGUUUUCUAUCAUAAAUCUGCUUCUUGAUCUGGGUGCGGAUCCCAACAUUAUCCCCGCAGGGCGAAAGAACUGGAAAGAAUUUAUUUCGGCUGAUAACGUUUUACUGCGGCUCAACCGAGCAGGAUACUGGAAGCGAGAUACCGACCCUGAGGUAGAGCGCCAGAUUCGUCAGUUACUUAGAGUGCAAAGUCAGCCGUCUGUGCCGAAUCAACCAGCCUGGUCCAUAUCGGAUGAGUCGACUCUACAAAUGCCAGACCAAUCUGUCUCCCAUGAGCCGGACCGACAGUUCUCAUCUGUUCCAGCUUCGUCUACGCCACCUUCUACAGAUCAUGCAGCUUCAAGUAAACUGACACACUCGCCGGUGCCUACACACCAAAUAAAUGACAAUAAGCGUAAGGCAAGGUCAGGCCCGACAAAUUGGUGGAAACGGCUCAUGGGUAGAAGAUAG